AUGGGUGCCACCGCUGUGCUCGAUAGCGAACAUAUACCUGCUUCGCAGAAAGUACCAGUCAUCGCUAGACCGUUCGUCUCUGAGCGAGCUUUGAAAACCCUGGAUCUGCUAGAACGGUUUGUGGAACAGCGAUGCAUCCCGGCGGAUAAAGUGUACGCCCAGGGACUAGGAAAGGAUGUCAAAGGCCGCUUCAAAGCUCAUCCAGAGAUCCUGGAACAGUUGAAGAGAGAGGCUCUGGAGCUUGGACUGUGGAAUAUGUUCUUACCAAAGGCGCAGUUCAAGGAGGGAGCCGGCUUCAGCUGUCUCGAAUUCGGCCUGAUGGCAGAAUAUCUCGGCAAGAGUGACGUUGCUAGCGAGGCCACAAACUGUGCCGCACCAGACACUGGCAACAUGGAAGUGCUUGCAAAAUAUGGCACGGAGCAGCAAAAGAAGCAAUGGCUUUCACCUCUUCUGGAAGGAAAGAUUCGCUCCGCUUUCUUAAUGACGGAACCGGGGGUUGCCUCGAGCGACGCUACAAAUAUUCAGUUCUCCAUCAAGCGCGGCCGCGAUGGAUAUAUCUUGAACGGAGAGAAAUGGUGGAGCAGCGGAGCCCCAGACCAUCGGUGCAAAGUAUAUAUUUUGAUGGGAAAGACGGACCCAGACAACCCCAGUCCCUACCGACAACAAACCGUGCUCUUAGUACCCGCAGACACAUCCGGUAUCACGAUCAAGAGAAGCCUAUCUGUGAUGGGCUAUGACCACGCGCCACACGGCCAUGGUCAGAUCAAGUUCGAAAAUGUACAGAUACCUUUUGAUUCUGUCAUCCUAGGGGAGGGGCGAGGUUUUGAGGUUGUUCAAGGUCGACUAGGGCCUGGCCGCAUACAUCACGCCAUGCGAGCAGUGGGAAAUGCUGAGCGAGCCUUGGAAUAUUUGGUGGCGCGGUUGUCAGAUCCAGCCAAAAGGCCUUUCGGAAAACAGCUUUCAGAACAUGGCAUCAUGCUCGAGCGAGUUGCACGAAGCCGGAUUGAGAUUGACGCCGCUCGGUUGGCUGUGCUGAAUGCGGCUAUCAAGAUUGAUACCAUUGGCGCAAAGGGUGCUCUUAAAGAAAUUGCAGAGGUGAAGAUUAUCACGCCGGCAAUGGUCAUGCAGGUUGCAGACCGGGCCAUCCAGGCUUUUGGUGCAGGUGGAGUCUGUCAAGAUACUCCUCUCCCAGAAAUAUGGACUGCCGGUCGGAUAAUGCGUAUCGUUGAUGGACCCGAUGAAGUCCAUCUUAUGCAGCUUGGCCGCAAUGAGAGUAAGACAGGACCAGCAAUGUUGAAGAAGAUCGCUGCUCAAAAUGAAGUGGCUAGAAAACUAUUGGCAGAGUAUGGGCUAGAGGACCAGGAUCCGCUGGUGCUCAACAGGUCUACGGGAAGUGCUUCGAAGCUUUAG